UGGUGUCUGACCUGUGUGCCACGGGGGACCACGACUGCGAGCAGGUGUGUGUCAGCACCCCGGGGACCUACAGGUGUGCCUGCAGGGACGGCUUCAGCCUCAACAGCGACGGCAAGACCUGCACCGCUUGCAACGGUGGCUUGGGGUCUGCUCUUGAUCUUGUGUUCCUCAUCGACGGCUCCAAGAGUGUGAGGCCCGAGAACUUCGAGCUGGUGAAGAAAUUCAUCAACCAAAUCGUGGAUUCGCUGGAGGUGUCGGACAAGCAGGCCCAGGUUGGGCUGGUGCAGUACUCCAGCUCUGUCCGGCAGGAGUUCCCCCUGGGGCAGUUCAAGAACAAGAAGGACAUCAAAGCAGCGGUGAAGAAAAUGUCCUACAUGGAGAAGGGGACCAUGACAGGCCAGGCUCUCAAGUACCUCGUUGACAGCUCCUUUGCUGCCAUCAACGGGGCACGCCCCGGGGUCCCCAAGGUGGGGAUUGUCUUCACCGAUGGGCGCUCACAGGAUUAUAUCUCAGAUGCUGCCAAGAAAGCCAAGGACUCAG